AUGAACGCAGUUGCAAGUAGACACUCCUCUUUCAUAGGAAUGGCCUGCGAUGGUGAUGAUUCAUAUCAAGGCGUGGCCUCCAGCCGCCAGGCAUCUGUGUAUCCUGCUCCCAUGCAAUCCAGGAGCCGUUCUCCCGGUACAUCUUCGACGCAAUCUAUGCGAAAUAAUAAUUAUCCCAACGCGGGAAUAUACUCGUCUACCACAGCGGGCCCCUCCGGCAGCUUCAUUUUCCGCUCGUUCAAGCCAGCUAAUUCAGGCUCCAAAGAACCAUUGCUAUGCUCAAGGUCAUUGCCACAGGAAGUCUAUGACUGCAUCCUCUCACAUCUGCAAUGUUCUCACCUAGCUCCCCAUUGCCAGGGGUGUAUAACAUGCUACAUGCGAGAUUUAUAUUCCCUAGCAUUAACCAGCAGAGCUUGGGAAAAAGCCGUGAGGGGUAAACUAUAUAACAAAAUCUAUAUCCAAGGCAACGACUCGCCCGCUCAACUCAAGAAAUACAAGUGGAAAAGAGGAAGUAGAUUAAGAUUGCUGCGACGAUCUUUGAGAGAGAGAAAGUUGCUGGCCAAUGCAGUGUUUGAGCUUAGGGUGCCUGAUCUGGAGACGGCAAUGGGGGGAAAUGGAAAACAAAGCAUGACCGCACAGGAAUAUCGGGACCUUGUGGCAUCAGUCGUGAUGGUGUGCCCGAACUUGGAACGCCUAGUCGGGCUUUCGUUGCCCUAUAACCACGAGUUUGACCGCUUGACACAAGCUCUUUCAACGCGGAAGAAACUCAAGGAGCACGCGUGGAUCUUUGCGGGCAACCCCGAAACCAGCGAACGGUCAACGAGCCAAUCUGCCCAAAUUUUAGAUAAUGAACAAGUUUUCCAGUUCCUCAACUACCACGCUUCAUGGUCUAACCUCGACACCCUCAUGUUGAUAUCGCUCCGUCUCGAGAAUCUCCCAGGAUUGACGCAGCACGGACUGGCCCAUUAUUCAACUCGUCCAGAGGCUCGCGCCCUCAAAUCAUUAACCUUAGUAGAAUUGAAAAUUAGCUCUCUCUUGAUAAUUUCUAAGAUUCUUGCGUCUUUGAGAAGACUCGAACGCUUCAGCAUUGUCCAGACCAAGACUGUGCCGAUACUUUCUGACGGAGGGAUGAUAUUCCAACCAUUACUCGCUUCAUCAACCUUGAAGCACCUCCAUUGGGACGUGGCAUGUUCAGAUACCAAUGGUUCUCUAACUGAUUUUCACUCUUUCACACCCCUGUCAUCGCUCAGCAAGUCCAACACGGCCAACUCCCAUCUCGCUCAGAGCAUCUUGAAUUCGGGGUUUCCGUGCUUGGAGUCUCUCCGUGCACCUCAUGACGUGGAACCCCUUGGGGCGUUGCAGGCCGUUUGUCGGCCUGCGCGAAACGGCCAGAUCAUGGUGCCCGCAGACCGCUAUUCCCUCCCACGAAGCUCGCAUGGUUCAAUCCCAAAGCGACCUCUAGCACUCCCAGGUGGAAACAACUUAACUUCGGCGCGCAUACGCGGCCAAACACUUAUCGACAAGGCUGCUAAAAGCAACGAAACGGGUAUUAAGGUUGUUGUUAGUGAUCACUCAGGGGCGUUCAAGCUACCAACACCAUCCACAUUUUCCGACCUUACUUCCGAACCAGGACCGGGUGAUACAUAUGACGUAUUGGCCCCAUCAACAAACAAAGAAUUUAUUCCUUCAUCUGAGCGAGAUUCACAUGGCAUUACUGUGCAUGAAUUUACCAUUCCAUUGUGCAUCGGACGAGUGUGCACAUCAUCAAGUACAACGGUGGCUGCACCGCCCCCCCGUUUUAUACUCACCCCUGACAUCCCCGGCUCAGACGCUGACGGCGGUUUAAUAAGCUGGCGUCAUUACUUGUCCUCAAAUCAAACGCCAGCAUACUUGACAGCUGCAGGAACAAAUGCAGUAGCAGCAUCACCAUCUUCCACCGACAGAAGAAAUACCGGGUCGAGCAUGAAUGAUGACACAUCAACUCCCUCAUCGUCCCCAUCUUCAUCUCUAUUCAGCUCCUGGGGUGCUGGUAGCAGUUCUGGACACAACAAUUCAAAUCAUAAAUUGAGGCAGCCGUUAUCUCCGCGUACGCCAGACCCCUUGUCUCCGACGUUGCAGAUGUGUGGUUCCCAAACUACCACGGGCAUCGGUGUCGGCUCCGGCGCUUGGUCAGGCCAGCCGUUUUGGACCACUAGAGAGACCUGCGACGGUUCCUGGAAUCGGAGGCAUAAAUUGGGGAAGGAUUGGUGGUGGCAUGUCGAGCGUGACAGACCAUUAACCAACAAUGUCUCGGCAGAUAUAGUGAGGCUGGAACAAUUAUUUUGA